AUGGCAUUGGCUUUGUACAGCGCGGUACGAGGUGGCAAGGGUAUUGCUGGUUCUGCAAAGUUCUGGAGCAACCGGCUCGCUGCGACCGAUCCUCCACUUGAUGUGUCGCAGACACGCAUCCCCGAAAUCCCAGACCAGAAGGAGUUCCUCGAUCGCUGGUUCGAAUUCCACCAGGGAUACCGGAUAGCAAGGCGUUCUGAUGGCACCGAGCAGCGCAUUGCAGUCAUGGGAGAGCCUCUGCACGACGUCAGCCCCGGCUUCUUACCGCGAACGUUGGACCAACUGCGGGCAGGCAUUGAGAACGAUGCAAGCCGCCCAGAGAACAGGCUGCGGCGCCGGCGAUUGACGACAGAGAGCCAAAGACCCAUGGAGCCACAGCAGAGCCUGGAAGACGCCCUCGACAGUUUGCUCAUGGCAGACUCCGACGAUGAGGUCGCACAAGACGUCGCAGACCAUGCGGUUACAACGACUGUGGACCAGAUUGUACCAGACGCCACCGACAUGCCACACCCUCAAUCGCACGACUCCGUGGGACCUUCGAGCGAGGCUGCCUCGCGGCGACAGCGCGCCCAGGAGCGAUUUGCCCGUGUGUUUGGGACAAUCGAAGACGUACAACAAGACGACUACGAAUCGCCUCUUUCCAACAUGUACAACCGAGCGUGGACUCGCUACCGUGAGGCGGAAGAUCUGCGAGCCAUUGGCGAUUCAGAAGUCCCCCCUUUGGAAGGACUGUCAGCUCAAGAGCGGCGAGACGUUGAAGAGCGGCUUCUGUGGGGUGUGAUGCGAGAGUCACAGGUCGGUCCGGAGCCGGAAAGCAAUGUCUGGAGCUACACGCCAAUUUCGCCGACUCACAACGCAGCGAUGACCGCUGGUGAUGUGACCAUCACUCCGCCUUGGGCUGAUUUGCCUGCUACAAGCGCACCCUCGAGCGAGCCUAUCGCAACAACGUUGUCGUCCACGGGCGGCAUAUCAGACGUCCGUCUCUCUCUCGAGCAGAUUACAAGCGAGCUGCAGCGUCUGCGCUUAGCUUCUGAAGCCAUGUCUUCCGCUCGCCAUGCUUUGCACGCCCAUCGUACCCCUGAACAACCUUUCCCAACCUUAGACAACCAGCCCGACCGACCACCACCUAAGACAGACGCAGAGAUGACGAGGACUUUGGCUUGUCAGGUCUGCUACCAGCAGCUGGCAGAUAUCGCUGUGUUGCCCUGCGGUCACAUGGUAAUGUGCCUGUGGUGUGCGGAUGUCGUUGUACCCGUGAAGCACUCGCAUGUACCAAUUAGGCCAUCCAAGUGCCCCAUGUGUCGAAAGCAGAUCAAGCAGAGGUUCAAGAUUCACAUCGGCUGA